AUAAACAUCCCGUCACAAUCGACGAGGAGUUCUUCAACUGUUUCGAUCGAUCUUUGAAUUUAUCAUCCUCGCCGUUGAUUAAUCCUGAGAAAAUAUAUCAUUACGACGGUUCGUACUGACAGGCGAUUGAAAAGCAACUCACUGGAUCGGAAGAAGAAUCGUUCGGGAAGAGGAUGGACAAGUACGAGAUGAUGGAAGUCGUGGGCGAAGGUAGCUACGGCGUGGUGAUGAAGUGCAGACACCGUGAAACCGGCCAGUUGGUGGCCAUCAAAAGAUUCCUGGAGACCGACGAAGAUCUCCAGGUGCGGAAAAUGGCGUUCCGCGAGAUCAGGAUGUUGAAGAAACUGCGCCACGAGAAUCUGGUGAACAUGAUCGAGGUGUUCCGUCAGAAAAGACGAUUCUAUCUCGUCUUCGAGUACGUUGACCACACACUUUUGGACGAGUUAGAGCGUCACGGAGGCGGACUGGGCUGGGAGGCCUCCAGGCGGCACAUCUAUCAAGUCCUUCGAGGCUUGAACUUCUGUCACAUAAACAACAUCAUGCACCGCGACAUCAAACCGGAGAAUGUCCUCGUGUCGCCGAGCGGGGUGAUCAAGCUAUGCGAUUUCGGUUUUGCUCGUCUUGUGAACGGCCCGAACGAAUCCUGCACGGAUUACGUGGCGACCAGAUGGUACCGGUCACCGGAACUCUUAGUGGGCGAUCCACGAUACGGGAAAGCGGUGGACAUCUGGGCGACCGGCUGCCUUUACGCUGAGAUGAUCACUGGAAAUCCUCUGUUCCCAGGAGACAGUGACGUCGAUCAACUCUACAGGAUCACCAAAUCCCUCGGUGGACUGUGCAGAAGGCAUCAGGCGUUGAUGGGUCGCAACGCGCCCGGUAGUAUGUUACGGUUGACGAGCGCGGACGAGCUUGUCGGACCUCCUCAGUCGGCAAUCACGUCGAUUCGUAAAAUGUUCCCCGCGUGGGACAGCACGGCGUCUGACUUUCUCGCUCAGAUGUUGCGCAUGGACCCCGAAGUACGUCCCAAGUGUUCCACCCUAUUGCAUCAUUCGUUGUUUAUGCAGAACGGGUUCGUGGAGAAGUUCCUGGCGGAACUGCAGGCCUGCGUGGCCAAAGAGUCCGCGAUGAACCCUCUGUUAGCCAAAAAAGCCGAGGAAAGAAGGCUGAGCAUUCUCUCAGCCGAGUCUCCGCCGAGGGUCUGUCGCAAAAGUACCGGCAGAUGGCACAUGACAUUCCUGAAAGAUACAGUGAUCCACGACAAAUUGGAACCGGAAACGGUCGAACAAGAAGAAGUCCAAAGACCGUCGCCGGUGUCCGUCGGUCGACCGAGGGAGGUUUGUUAUUUCGGCCCUGUCUCCGUUGUACUUAACACGACCUACAUCACGAGGCUACAGCAUAAAGGAUUACUGGUCCCGGAUUCCACCAGUACCAAACUACCCUCACUCGCGCGUAAAAAUUAUACAGCAACAAAGAUCACAGGGAAACGAAAGAGGAUCGAUUUGCCUAGCGUGGAUCGUUAAAGAAUUCUUGGCAGAUAAGAAUUUACAGUUGCGCCGCCGUUGAUAAUUAUCGGGCACGUUAACAAUAAGUUAAACAUUUUCAACAAUGUAAUAUUGAUAACAAUUACAUACCU